AUGGCGGAAUCGAAUCUGGUAUUGACUGAUACUACUUCCAACCCUGGCAUCUCGAUCAUCUCCAUCAAUCGACCGCAGAGAAAGAACGCAGUAGAUCCUGCGACCGCAAAGAAACUCUACGAGGCCAUGCUCGCCUUUGAAGCAGAUGCGACGCAGAAAGUCUGCGUCUUGACGGGCACUGGAGACACAUUCUGCGCUGGAGCCGACCUGCACAAUGUCGCCCAGAAAACCGUCGAUUCUCCUCCAGCCGAGAAUCUCCAGCCCGUCAACGAUCGCAACUUAGGUCCAAUGGGCCCCUCACGGCUGAUCGUGCAGAAACCCGUCAUCGCUGCUGUGGCCGGGUACGCCGUGGCAGGGGGACUCGAGCUCAGCCUCGUCGCAGACAUGCGCGUUGUUGAAGAAGAUGCAAUCUUUGGCGUGUUCUGUCGCCGUUGGGGCGUUCCUCUAAUUGAUGGAGGCACCGUCCGUUUACAGGCCAUCGUUGGCCUGGGACGCGCCCUGGAUAUGAUUUUGACUGGUCGCCCUGUGGGGGCUCAAGAGGCUCUCGCGAUGGGACUUGCCAAUCGGGUGGUUCCAAAGGGACAGGCUCUCCAACAGGCACUGGACAUUGCUAAGCAGCUUAUUGCUUUUCCGGAGCUUUGUAUGAAUACGGAUCGUCGGUCUGCCUACUAUAGUGCCUAUGAGGCUUCGUCUUUCCAGGAUGCUAUGUCUCAGGAGUUUAAUGCUGGUGUCAAGGUUGUCUCUAAGGAGGCGAUCGCAGGUGCUGCCAAGUUCAGUAAAGGGUCUGGUCGACAUGGUAGCUUCAAAGAGUUUAGCAAGCUUUGA